CACUGGAGCGUCGCGGGUUCUCUGUGGCGCGCCCACAGCCUACUUGGCCACCAUAGAGUUGGGGUGCUUUCGGUGCUGAGUUUGAGUUUUCAGGUGGAUUAUGACGCCGCUGCCAAAGCUUGCGGUUUUUGAUCUAGAUUACACGCUCUGGCCUUUCUGGGUUGAUACACACGUAGACCCCCCGUUCCACAAGAGCAGCGAUGGAACUGUACGAGAUAGGCGGGGCCAGAACAUCCGACUGUACCCGGAGGUACCGGAAGUCUUGGAAAGGUUGCAGAACCUUGGAGUGCCAGUGGCCGCUGCUUCACGGACAGGUGAGACGGAAGGCGCCAACCAACUCCUGGAGCUCUUUGGCCUCGUCAAAUAUUUUGUUCAUCGGGAAAUCUAUCCAGGUAGCAAAGUCACACACUUUGAAAGGUUGCACCAUAAGACUGGAGUUCCUUUCUCUCAGAUGGUCUUCUUUGAUGACGAGAAGCGGAAUAUCAUAGAUGUGGGCAAACUGGGUACUGAGUCACCACUGGGGGGGUGUUACCUGCGUUCACAUCCAGAAUGGAAUGAGUUUGCAAACACUAACUCAAGGAUUAGAGACAUUCGCAAAGGCCCAGGCUAGACCCUGACAUCCAACCCCGGGGCUAAGCCUCAUCUGAGGUGUAAAACCGAAAUCAAGAAAGCCUUGUUAGGUGCAUUUGCAAUGUAUUAAAGUGUCCGAGUGUGA